CUGGCCAGUCGGAUUGUAUUGGGAUUGUUUUGGCGCACAAUGGGGUCGUGACACGACUCGCGAAAUUACUCAGGCUUGUAUUUCUGUUACGAGGCGCGUUUGAAUAUUGAGCAAACGAACUUUCUGGCCAUCUUAUGCGCAAGGCCUAUCCAAAGGCGUGAUCUGUUGUUCGCCUGCAUGACAGUGGGCUCGCUACCGACCACACUGCCACUAUUGCCAAGAGGUCACCCACCAAUCUAACGAUGAGCACAAAGAAGGGAGCGAGCAGUUUCUCGAGUGUGUCUGGCGCUGGCGAGCGAACAGAGUCUUACAAGAGCGACACGGCUGAAACUACGAGUAAAACCAAGUUUGGAGACGAUGUGUAUUCGUACACUCGAGUCUCGAGGAUUUCACAAGGGUUCUUCGACAACGACGACCUGGCUUUGCGGCACUAUGAUGAAGCGAAGGACACCUUCACUGCGCUGGAGGCCGCUUACAAGAGACUUCUUCUUCAAGUGGAAGCCACCAAAGAAGAGCGAAGAUUCGAGACUGAGAGAUGGAAAACCAAGGUUGAUAACCUUACUCGACAAAACCAACAGCUUCAAGAACAACUGCUCGACUUCAAAUCAAGGUACAAUAAACAACAGGAAGAGCUCUCCUCCAUGCAACGCCGGCUUCGCGAAAGAGACAGGGAAGUAGAGUCCCUACGACGCGAAGUAAACACCAAGAACAGCAGCAUGGAGAAGCUCAGAACGGAGAAGGUGGUCAUUGAGAAGGAGCUCAUGAUAAUGCGAGACCAGAUGGCCAGUCAGGUUAGUCAGGUGCAGGUCCUGGAAUCGUCUCCUGACACAGAGUCUUCGUUCCUGCAGGAAACGAUCUCUCAGCUGGAAAUUGAUUGCAAAAAUGCGGCGGACGAGAGGGACAUGCUUCAGGGCGAGCUGUCAACGCUACAGACGAAGUUUAACCAACUACAGGCAGACUGUGACAGGUACCGUAGACAAUCGGAGAUGGCAGGGAAGACAGGUAACUUGACCAUCAGUAGGUACGAGAUGCAGGUGCAGACUGUAGUGAAGCAGAGAGAGUCAUUCAAGCAACAACUGGAUGACCUCCGUGAGGAGCUCAAGAAGGCCAGGGAGACAAUUUCUCGAUUGCAACGUGAGGUACUGCAGAGUCAGAAUGACGCUAACAAGUACAAAGAGGAAUCCAUCUUGAAAACGCACAGGAUAGAAACUCUUCAAAACCAGAACACGACACUUGAAGAUAGUCUGGAGAACGUUAAAAUGGAGUUCUCUAAGUGUCAAACAACGGUGGAUGUACAGAAUCGGCAACUGCUGACGCUGCAAGAAACGAUCACGCUUCACGAGAAGACCAUCCAAGAAUACUCAGUCACGGUGAAGAAUCUACAAGAAGAAAAGGAGACUAUCGAGAGAGAGCUGGUCUUGGUGACUGGAAAAUUUUCCAACCUUGAGUCAUCUCAGGCUAAGCUUCAAGAGCGAGUAAAGGAAUGGGAGUCGGUGGAGGUGCAACUGCGGAAGAGGGUAGGUGAACUGGAGACGGAAUUGGAGGUGAAGAAAGAGAGAGCUCCCGACCAAGUUGAUGGGCAGCUCGUCAGUAAAGUUGAUGAUCUCCAAUCAAGGCUAGAUGAGUCCGUCAUGUCAGUGACCGACCUUCAAGGAAGAUUCGACAUUGUCAUCAAGGAACGAGACGAGCUCAGAAAAGUUGUGGAGAAUCUGAACUCCAAGGUGGUAACAACAACUGACUCGCUGCGUCGUGCACAAGACGAGAAAGCAGAACUAGAGCGAACGGUGGCUGCAGACCGUACCAAGAUAUCAAGGCUAGAAGUUCAAUUGGAAAGUGUUAGUAAAGCGAGAGACAGAUUCAAGUUUGAGUUUGAUUCGGAGAAGAACAAAGUGACGCAGAUGAAAAAAGAGCUAAUGGUAGUGCAGCAGGAGUUAUCUGAAAGCCGGCGGGCCAUAGAGCGGCUGAACGGAGAGCUAGACAAACGAGACAAGACGAUUGACGAGCUGAAGACCAGAGUGACCUCUCUUGAGGCGAAGGUUGAUGACUACCGCGAGGAAUCAGAAAAACUGGAAAGGCGAAUCCAUCUACUGGAAAGCGAGAGUGAGGAACUUCGGUCUGAACAGAUGGAGCUCCAGAAGAGGCUAGGAGAUUCUGAGUCCAAUUACAAAAUCACAGCGGAAGAAAGAGAUCGAAUCAAUGAAGAACUUCAAACUGUAUACAAGGACAUGUCAAAUUUGCAGUCUAAUUUUAACAUCGUGGAGCAACAGAGAAACGAGUUAGAGCAUCAGGUGACGGUGCUAACGAACAAAAUCGUCAAGCUAGAAGAUGAACUUAGCAAGGUUAAAAGAGAGAACUCUGUUUUAGAUAUCGAAGUGCAAGAGCUGCGGUCUGUUAAAGCUCGGAAUGCAGAGGAAAUCGAAUCGUUCAAGAGUAAGCUUUCAGAUUUGAAGAAACUAACAGAGGCUUACAAGAAAGAAAUUGUGGAGAGAGACAACACAAUUGAACGAUUAAGAGGAGAAUUAGCUGACGCGACAUCUGACAAGGAUAACAUCCUCGCAGAAGUAAAUCGACUAAGAACUGAGAAUGACUUUGUGAAAGAGGAAAACAAGGCACUUCAGAAAGAGCUCGAUGCAGCCAAGGAAGAAAUCUUACGUUUGUCCUCUUUGUAUGAUACCGCAACGCAAAGCAAGGAGUUGCUUCAGACAGAUUUUGAGGUGGUCCAGACAAGGGUGUCUGAUCUUGAGUCGACGUACAUGGACUUUGAGGAGCGUGGUAAGGACGCUGGAGUUCUUUUGGAAGAGGAACGAGCGAGAAAUGCGGACCUAGAGAAGAAAAUACGCGAACUUACUGAAAAAGUGAGAUCACUGGAAACCCAAGUCAACGACAGACAAAGGGAGAUUGACAAGUUGGAGAAUGACAUGGACGUCGCUGAGGAAAAGAUGCUCACGUUAAAUAUCGAAAUUGAGCGAAUCAAUGAGGAGAAGAACAAAGAGUACCAAAAACUACUGGCGACAGAAAGCAAGUUGAAAGAAGUGGAAAAAGACCUCGACACUGCCAGAGUCGAAAAAGAUCGAGCUGAAAAAGAGUUGUACAAUCUCCAAAACAAGGUAUCUAAGCAAGAAACUCAACUUGAGACCUGCCGUAGACAAAUCACCCAACUUCGAGAACAACUGGACGCUGCCAACAAGAAGAUUUUUGACAGCCAAGAACGCUUCAUUCAAAUUGAAAGCAAGUCGGCGCAGCAGGAGAAAUUUGGUGAAACCCUUAACACCAUGAUAGCACGAAAGGAUAAGACAAUCGACGAGCUGAAUAACAAAAUAAGACAGAUUCAAGAUGAGUUGGACAAAACCAAACGACAACUGAACAAGAACACAGCAACAUACAACAUAUUGAAGACUGAAAAGGAGGAGCUGCAGAAGAGGAUCGUCAACUUACAGGGAAGACUUGAUGAUACUGAGCAGGAAAUUAGAACACUGAAGCAAAGUCGCCAAGAGCUCCUACGUGAUGUAAGUUCAAGAGAUCACAAAAUCACCAUCCUUGAAACACAGCUCACUAGCGUUACCAAGGAGAGAGAUCACUAUAAAACGGAAGGUGCCACAGUAAGAGAGGAUUAUCGUAAAGUGAAGGAAGAGCUGAUAACCACACGAAACAGUUUAGUAGAGAAAGACCGGCUCAUCAACAACCACGUAAAAGAAAUUCAGGACAAAGCCAACUUGGUAGACACUCUCAAUAACUCUAAGAAGAAUCUCGGCGAUGAGUUGCUGAGCCUGAAGAAGGAGCUUGAGACAACUCGGUCUUCCAGUCAAGAAAGGAUCAGAGAUUUACAAGGCCAACUCCAGCAAGCAAAUAUCAACAUUUCUAAGUUGGAGGUUAAUGUUACAACGUUGAGCAGAAAAGGUGAAAUUAGCGAAAAAGACCGCAAAGAGUAUGACGAUAAGAUAUUUGAAGUUGAAAACUUAUACAAGUCCACCCAGGGUCGAGAAGCUGACUUGAGAAACGAGGUCGUAGCCUGUAAUACCAAGAUCCUGAAGAUCGAAACGGAUUUCAAAAAGUCGCAAAAGCGCGUGUUUGAACUAGAGCACGAGACAACACAACUGGAGAGGACCGUGAAUGAGCUGCAAAAAACACGGGAACGAAUUGACCGAGAGAAAGCUGAUUUGAAAGAAGAGCUUGUCAAUGCCAAUACCAGGAUAUCAGAAUUGGAGCUAAAGUCUGAGUACGAUGACAAGGAGAUCGCUUCCCUGAAAAAGCAGCUAGACGGUACACUUCAGAGAUCUUCCGGCGUGAGUAGAGAGGAUUAUUUAAAGCAAGAACAGCAGCUGGUCGAAUUGAAAUUGAUAGCAGAGACAGCUCAAGACAGGUUGAACGAGAAAGACAACCUCAUACGACAGCUGGAAUCGGCGAGAGCUUACCUAGAGGACCAACUGGAGUCCGUGAAGAGUGUCCUUAAAACUACAGAAGAAGACUUUGAGAGACUCAAGGACGAGAUCGGCAACUUACAGGCGGAAAAUAUCGAGCUCAACAAAGUCAUCAACGAGCUUCAAGGAGAUGUAAGGAAGUUGACCCUGGAGAAAGAACGUCUUCAAAGCGAGCUGGAUAACCAAGUAAAUAGGUUUACGUCCUUGGAGGAGCAACUAGCACAGCUCACUCGAACCGAUGAGACAAACAAAGAAAAGAUCGCAGAGUUAAGAUCUUUACUGAACGAGAGUCGAGAAAAGGACAUGAUCCAGCAAAAGACCAUUAACGAACUUCAAAGCAAAGUUGACUACUUAGAAAAGGACAUGGAUGACAAAAAUAAAUUCAUUGAAGAUCUCAAAGACGCGAAGACAACCCUAGAAAUUGAGAUAGAUGAGUUGAGAAAAGCACUCCGCGGGUUGCAAAACGACCACAAUAUCGUGGUGAGAGACAAGGAAGAUGUGGAGAACAGUUACAAGGUCAUCUCCGAAAAAACAACAUUGAUAGAGGAUUCGUUUGAAACCAGCAAAGGUGAAGUUAGGAGACUCACGGAGGAAGUUAAUGUUUUACAGAGACGACUCACCGACGCAGAAAGCGAAAAUAGAGUAUAUCAGGACAAAGAGAGAGAUCUGCUAGAGAAACUUAAGAACUACCAAAGCCAGCUUUCCAAACUGGAGUCGACUAACGAAGUUCAAAGUGAAAGAAUCAUGGUGUUGGAGCAAGACGUGAUAUCGCUGAAGGAAGAAAUCACCAACCUCUUGAAUGACCGCGACCGGGCAGUAAGAGAGUUGCUGGUCGUAAACAAGGAAAUAGAGGAAAGAAACACGCAGCUUUCACGACUAAAGAAAGAACUUGAUGUCGUCAACAAAGAAAAAGCGGAAAUGGAAGUGCAAAUAGAGGAACAUGUCAAUGUUGUGUCUCAAAAUGAAACGCAGCUUCUUAACGCUGAACGCCAGCUUCAGGAGUGGAUGGUUCGUGGUGAUGACACCGAUGCCCAGCCGGCGGAAAACAUCAAAGCAGAAAGAGACUCCCUUCAAAAAGAGGUUUAUGUUCUCAGGCAGGAGAUGACCACUACGAAAACUACGCUGGACAAAGUUCAGAGGAAGAAGGACGAUUUAGAGAAGGAUAAUUUUUCACUGAGGAAGCAAACAACGGAGCUCGAGAUGAAAGUCAAAGCUCUAGACCACGAAAACGAAGACCUGAAUCGUGAACUAAUCAAGGAUCAGAAGAGAAUAAGUGUUUUAGAAGGUGAUAUUCAUCGGCUCAACGUAGACAAGAACAACUUGCUCAGCGAAUUGGAGAAAGCGAGGGGCACGCUGGACAAACAGCGUGAUGAGAAUGUGAUCCUUCAAAGAGAGAUUUCUGAGCUCAGAGCCAUUGUGGAUAAUUUCGACAAGGCCACGGAAGAGAAGAACAAGCAGAUUGAGUGGUACCGUUCUGCUAACAAGACCCUGGAAGAAGAAGUGACAAACUUGAAGCGAAAGAUUGCGACUUAUAGAGAGGACUUCGAUAAGGCUCAACACGAAGUAGCAGCCCUUACGUUGAAAGUACAAGAACUUGAAUCCAAAACUGAUGGACUUCAACAUAGCCUUGAACUUUCAGAUAACGAGAAGAACAAACUCAAACAAGAGAAGACGACCCUCCUAACCUCCUUGAAUGAGUAUAAGACCAACUUUGCAAAUGCCAAACGAGAGGUAGACAGGCUGCAGAACGAAAUCCUAUCAAUUAACCGCAAACUGACCUACCUCCAAGCACGGAAUGAAACACUAGAAGAAGAGAAGGAUCGUUUGAAGAAAGAGAUUGCAGACUUGAAAAGGGAGAACACUGAGCUGAGAGCUCGCCUCAAUGCUCUGCAGUCGGAAAGAGAUCGAUUGCAAACUGACAUCACCAUGAUAAACAAGAAGUAUGUAAAUAUACAAACUGUACAGUCGGACAAAAGAGAAAAGAAACCAACAGAUGCAGCCACUCUAAGAAGACUAAAGGACUUAGAGGAGUCGUACCAGAGAGUUCUAAACGAGAAAGAAGACGCGGAGAGAAGGUACCUGGACGGAAAAAGGAGAGCAUCAAAACUUGAGUUGGAGCACGGAGAUAGUAGUCGAAUUAUCCAGUCAUUAGAGCACGAGCUUUCUUUGAAAGUGAAGAGGAUAUCUGACCUGGAGGACAGCCUUUCGGAGCUUCACGGAAGGGAUGUAGUGGACGAGGGAGACUACAGAACGUUGCGUAAGAAGGUGGUUAGUUUAGAACAAGAGUUGCAAUCUGCCAAGAACAAAGUGUUCCGUUUAGAAGCCUACAAAACGUCCUACGAAGAAAAGCUGAAGGACUUACAAGACGAUCUCUUGGCCAGUCAGCAAAAGACCGCCCAGACCGAGACGAUGUUACAAACCAGUCAAGAUCAACUGAGCGCACAACAGAAGGAGCUUCUGGAGGCCCUCAAGAAGAUGGCCGACUGGGAAUCGGCUUACAAGUCUGCGAACAACGCGAAGAUAGAGCUUCAACGUACUGUGCAAACUUCACAGAGCAAGAUCAUAUCCCUUGAAGAGGAGCUGCAGAACCAAAUGAAAGAAAACGCCCAGCUCAAGGGAUCUCUCGACCAAAUCAGAGCUAGGAAUGACACACUCAGAGAGGAGAUCUCCAACCUACAGAAAAAGUUGAUAGAACAACAGAAGUACUACGAAGAGCAAAUUCGCGAGCUGGUGGAGAAGAAGGCGAUAAUCGAAAGGCUGCAGGAAGAGAACGAAUAUUUAGAAGUCGACAGGGCCGAGCUGAAGGAGGAACUCGAUCGUGUUCGAACAGAACUGGAGAAAACUGUCAUGGAACAUCGGGACACGAAGUUUGAGCUUCAAAAGCUUCAGAUUCAGUACAGCGAACUAGAGGGUACUGUGCGCAUACUGAAAGAUGAAAAUGAGAGGCUUAAAAUGGAGCUUGCGUCUCUCCAGAAGCUUUACGAUGAGCUUAAAGUUUCCCGCGAAGAGACCAUCGCUGUGCAAAGCAUUUCAACUGUCGAAGCAGCACCUGACAUGUUUUCUGUGGAUCUUAGCGCUGAGUAUGAAACCAUCAAGGUAGAACGAGAUACCCUCAAAAGAGAAAACGACGCAUUGCGAAACAAAGUCAGUGGAUUGGAAAAUUCCCUCGAAGAGGUGAAAGAAGAAAGACGCAAACUUCAGGAGAAGAUCCUUGAACUACAGAAAACGGUAUCUGAGAGAACCCAAGAAAUACAGAUCUUAACGGCAGAAAACAAGAAGGUUACAUUAGAACUUCAAGCACUAAGACGCCGUUUUGAGGACCUGCAGCAAGAGGAAACAGAAUGGGGACAGGAGAGGGACCUAUUAGUGAAAGAAGUUGAAUCUAUGCAGAGAAAGCUUCACGACCUUGUGUUGGAGAGCCAGAAAGAAAAAGUCACUGAAGUUUCCUCAGAACAGAUAUUUUCUACCAUGGAGGCUGAUUUCAAGAAACUUCAAGAACGGGAAGCUCAGUUGCAGCUAGAACUUUUAGCUGCGUUGAAGAAGGUGUCCACUCUGGAGCAUGAGUUAGAGACAGAAAAAGAGAGGAACAAUGGGCUACAAGGUUCAAAUCGAGUGCUUGAAGAAAGGGUUACCACACUCAAAAGAGAAGUUGUUGAAUACCAAACUAGGAUCUCCAAGGUAGAGAUGGACUACGAACAUAUCCAGGAACGAAAUAAGGAGCUUCUCAACCAGUUGGCCGAGCUUGAAGUCCAGCUAGAAUCUAUCAAAGACUCGAGCAAGUUGUCCCAACAAGGAAAGUCUGAUCUAGAGAACGAGGUAAUUUCCCUCAGGACUAAGGUGAAGAAAUUACAGAUUCAAGUUGAAGAGGACAAAAAGGUACAGGAGACCUUAAAGGCUCAGCUCGCCGAUUAUAAAAAUAUGGGAGACAACCAGUCAAGAGAUUUCGCAGAUCGUGUCAACGAACUACGAAUCGAGAUUGAAACGUACCGCAAGGAAGUUGUUGACAAAGAGCGCAUUAUUAAGGAAAUGCAGAAUAAAUACGCUGAUUUAGAGGACGACAUCCAUAAAGCUCGAAGGGAUUUUCAGAACAAACAGCUAGAAUGCGAGGAUUACAUCCGAGACCUCGAAGGAAGUAACCAGCAAAAAGCAGACAUGGAAAUCGAAAUCAACACACUCCGUGGACAAAUAAGAAACUUCGAGAUUCUUCUUGAGGAGCACGAAAAGGACAAGAGCGAGCUGAAGCAGAACAUCAACGAGAUUGUCAGCAAGGGAACCAAUCAGAGCAAUGACCUUAAGAAACAAAUUCAAGACGCCACGAAUCAAGUGGAGAUUUGUAAACGAGAGAUCAUUGAAAAGGAAACCAUCAUUCGUGAACUCCGAGAGCGGGUUAACCAAGCAGAACACCAGCUUCACAUCACCAAGAGUGAGUUAGACACAAAAGAGAAGGACUGCGAUGAUUACUGCAAAGACUUGGAGGAUGCCAAGAAAGAGAAGGCGGAUAUGGAAGUAGAACUUCUUGCGCUAAGAAGCAAGAUUACUAAGCUGACGGUCCACAUCGAAACUGAGAGAGCCGAAAAAGCCCAACUUCAGGCGCAGUUAGUGGACGCGAGGACCCGCGGCGAUAAAGAAUCAAGUGGUCAUGCUAAAUUCGUGACUGAGUUACAGACCAAGCUUGACAAUGCCAAGAGAGAAAUCAGCAUCAAGGAAGACGAAAUUGAACAUCUAAAGUAUGAGUUGGAAGUAACCAGAAGAGACCUUCUUUCCAAAGAUGGCGAGUUCAAGAUAUCCUUAGAAAAGAUAGAGCAGAUCACUAAGGAAAAAUCUGAGCUGACUGUCGAAAUAAUGUCGCUGCGGGAAAAGGUCAUCAUUCUGGACGGCGAUGUACAGAAAGAGAAGGUCACUAGAGAGGGCAUUGAGAGACAACUCGUUGAUUCCACAGCUAAAGGAGAGACAGAUGCCAAGUUCAUGAGUGAACAGAUCAUUGAAAUCCAGACGAGGGUGGAGAGCUACAAAAAAGAAAUCAUCGAAAAAGAAACCAUCAUAGAGAAGUUGCGAUUCCAAACCACAUCAUAUGAACAGGAAGUCGACCGGCUCAAGAGAGAUUUCUCCUUCAAGAAAAGCGAAUGCGAAAGAUACUUGCAGGACAUCGAGACGCUGAAACAUGAAAAGUCCGAACAACUGGAGGAAAUCAGUUCACUUCGGAAUACAAUCAACAAGCUGGAGAUUCACGUAACAGAUAUUCGAAAAGACAAAGAAGUCGCAGUCGCCCAAGUGGAUGAGCUGAAAAGUAAAGGCGAGAGUGAAGCCAGCGUCAUGCAUGAACAAAUCAUCGAGAUUCAAACUCGCAUCGAAGAGUACAGGACAGAAAUUAUCGAGAAAGAGACAGUCAUCGAAAGGCUCCGCGUCCAAAUUUCAAACAACGACGGCGAGAUUGAUAAGCUGAGACGCGAUCUGAACACCAAAGAAAUCGAGUGCGAGGGUUAUAUCCAAGAAAUCGAGAAACUCAACCAAGAGAAGUACGACCUCGAGGCACAACUUUCCACGAUUCGAAGCAAGUUUGACGUACUUGUAAAGCAGAUGGAUGAGGCGCGUGCCGACAAGAAUCAAACAGAUAGUGAAACGAACGUCUUACUGGUAAAGAUUACCGAGAUCGAGAGCAGAAUAGAGGUGUACAAAACGGAAAUCAUUGAAAAAGAGACCUUGAUCGAAAAGCUACGCAUUCUCAACAAUUCCAACGAGCAGGAUUUGGAAAGACUGAAGCGAGAACUCAGCAACAAGCAGGUGGAAUGCGACGGUUAUAUAAGUGAGAUCGAGAUCCUGAAUCAAAAAUUGGCAGAGUUAGACAUCGAGCUUAACCAUCGAAACAGUCGAGUCUUAAAGCUAGAAGGAUUUUUGGAAGACGAGAGGAAGGACAGGGACAUCCAGAUCAAGAAUGUAAGAUCGACACUCGAAAUCGACAUCACUUCGUUGCAACGCGAGCUUGAGACGAAGAUCCUUGAGUGCAAUGGCUACAUUAAAGAAAUCGAAGAGCUCAACCAGGAGAUUUUCCGGCUGAAGGGUCUACUGAGACCAGAGAGGGAGGUGGAGGCACACUACACGACAUCCUACAUCAUGCCGCCGAAAGGAGUUACGGUAACCCGAGAGGUUGUCGUUCCCCAGGAAUCCACGCAGACGGAAUCGUCGUCUUCCACUUUCGGUCACACUGAAUUUAUGGUCGAUGUCAAGGAGAAGACGAAGCCAAUAGAGAUUUCCAACUACGAGAUGAACCCCAAACGAAUGGUCAAAAUCAGAAGCCCAUUCGAAGCGGGUAGACAAGACAGCGCGGGCAGCAGCGAGCAAAGCAGCACCAGCACUGUCACAACAAAAAUUACCCGAAUUCAGAGAAGUGUCAGUCCAAUCCAACGCAUUCAGGUCGGCGCAGGAUCUGACGAGCCGUCCAUCACUGUUGUAAGUAAUAACGGUGAGACUAGUAAUACUCCACCCAGCGGCCCUAUUAAAAUUAAGCACCUGGAGUCGAGUACCAGUCCCAAGGCUAACGUCUUCCUAGACCCCACAAAAACAUCAAGCCUACAACGAACAAACAGCAAGCCUACUACGUUAAAUGUUGCAGACAUUAGAAGCCAAACCACAACUUCCACCAGCAGUUCUGUUAUGACCAAAAUUACUCAGUUGCAGACAAGUUCUAUGUCAGGCUCAAACUCUUCAUCUUCCCCGACCUUGUUAAAAUUACAAGCGCAGUCCCCGACGGGGAACAACUUCGAGACAACUGAGAGCCAAGAAAACAAUCAAACUGUCAUUUCACAGGUCGAAUCAUCUCACGGGUCAGCGAGCCCCAUUCGUGUGAAAGUAGAGGCGGAGGAGAAAUUACAAUUUGAGCCGGUGCAGUUUCACGUUGACAGGAAGCCUUUGCAGUCAUCCUCUUCCAGAUACCAAACGGUGAGCACACACUCCUCUACGGGUGGCGAAUCCGCAUCGGGGAUGACCAGGGAAACUAGCACACGAACAAGGAAUGUCCCCGAGUUGAAAGAACAGCGGGUCGAAUUUUCGCGAAGCAGUUCAAAAAGCAGCAGUCGUCAACAGGGUUCCAGCAAAACGUCAGAGCUGUAAAAAGUAGCCGCUUAAAAACAUUAUAUUGAAGGGAACACUUGGGUAUAUGGAGGAACACGCCGCGCAGGUCAGAAAUAACCAUUGUGGAGUUGGACUGCGAUUUGGACAUUGAAGGAUUAAAUGUUAUUGCCUUGGUCGCAGUCUUAUGACAGUUAAAAUGGACCGUAAGGAGCUGUUAAGGUGCCAAAAAGUGAGCACACGUAAGUUAUUUUCAACUUGGAGAUGACAAGGUAAACAGUUACUUUUGACCCCCGGCUUUUGACCUGCAAUAGAUCGUAACAGUGGGCUAAACAAACCAGAACCAUGCACUAUGUUAAUGCGCUACUACGCUCAAAAGAAAAAAGAACAUUUUCGUUAGGAUGAAAACUGCUUGCGUUUUGAGUUUUUCAUUUCUUUCCGAGAGCGAACCAAAUGACUUUAAUCUUGAAAUAUCAGCUGUGUUAAUACCAAGCAGAGUAAGAUUGCGGGUACAUAAAGCGUUCCCAUCUGUUGAUUUUAGUUAUUGGCCCUCUUAGCUGCCUCAGUCGUAUGAUAACUUACCUUGUCACCUCCAACUUGACAUUAGAGUAAAAGGUAUGUGUUUUGACAAAGAUACGUCGACAAAAUACGCCAUAAUUCAUGAAGGUCCGAGGGCUAGGUAUGCUCCAGUUUACAGAACAAUUAGGGUGCAGUGCAAAAUCAUUUUUUCAAGAACAUCGACUAAUAAUAUGCCAAAUAUGGGAUGCAGUCAUAAAUGGUGUAGAUAAACGUGGUUUAUUGAAUUUUUUGAAACACUCCUAUCAUUUUAGAUCAUUUGAAAUUCACAAAGGAGUUCAAACAGAUCACUGCCUUAAAAACGUUUCAGAGUUUUCAACACAAGGGACAAAACCGUAAACAAACAAACAGACCCCGAGGGCAUUACUAGUGAAACUGACGUCAGAAGUAACAUCACCAACUGUGAGAUCAGACACAUUUCGAUGCAAACAAACAAACGAACAAACCAACAAAUGUAUGUAUCUGCGACUUGACAAUCUCUCGGGGUUAAGAAACGUUUGUUUAUGGAAGUUCUCUUUGUAGUUUAACUUAGUGUGACAUUUCUCAAUUCUUCCCACUCUAAUAAUAAGAUUAUUACAACUUAAAAGGUAAACUGAUGUAUCAACGCUUUGAUAAAUAAUGCUGCGUAGUUUAAUGGACGCAAGAAAUUGAAGUUUCUUCAACUGAGUCAACGUCAUGAAAUUAGUCAUUUUAGCUUAGCUAUUUAUUUUUCUAGAUCUAAACAAAGUGCCUCAUUAUUAGGACAUUAUUGUAAAAUUCAAAGUUGUUGUAAUUUAAAAUCUUACUUGGUGUCAAUUUCAAACCAUGCAGAGGAUCAUGAGCCUCUUCAAUUCGGGGUGCAAAUGUCGAAUCCAUCGGUGGUUCUAUCUUCAAUUCCUCAAAUGAAAUCUAAGCAGCCCUCUUAUAUCGCGUUUUUCCACUCUGAAAUACUCGUACAAGGUUUCCUCGACAACAAAACAUCGUCUACAAUUUGAGGUGAUAGACGCGCCUUUUAUUGGUGCAAAGGCCUGUUUCAACUGAUCACUUUGAUGGUUUACAAUUUGACACUGUACAAAUACUAAAUGUCUACAAAAUUUCUCUUUCUUGUAUAUUGGUACCAGCAAAAAAUUAGAGGUUAUAGGCAAGUUUCAACUUUGGGAAAAUUAUUAAAACAGGACUGGUUGGGCUAAAUGGCCUUUACCAUAACACUAAUGACUCCAAAAUUGGAAUGAGCCAUAACAGCCUUAACGCAUCCUUUAAAACUGAAAACACACAAAAUUCCGAUUUGUAGUUUGCAAUGCUUCAGUUGCUUGUUCAUUUCUUGUGGAAACCUGGCAAAACAAAACUCAAUGCAGACAGUUAAAAACAGGUCUACACAGUUAAGUGACCGCUUGACUUUUGCAGACGAUGACAGAGGAGCUUAAAAACAGUAUAACUCAAGGUAAAACAAUUGGGAUUGUUUUUUGGGAUUAGUAAGAUUUCGUUAUUUAAAUAUAGAUAAUGUAAAAGCUUCGUCAAAUGUCCAGUUUCAUGAUAGUUUAUAGGUGAGAAUUUGAGAUUUGUUGCCUCAGUUGCAGCCCAAGAUAAUUGCUCACAAACAUGUAGUGAACACUGUCUCUUGCGGCUUAACUAUUUUAAGAGAACAGAGUCCAAUUCACCAGAUGUUUCUCUCAUAAAAUGAUUUAAGAUAUUUUCUUUGGAAAGGGAAAUUUAACAUUGGCUUAAAUGUUGUAAGUAAAUAGGGCGGCCAUAAAACAUAAAUUAAACAUUUCUUGGUAUAUAUUGUUAGUGUCAACAGGUGUAAUAAAAGAUUAAGAGAGGAUUUAAA